GUAUCGCCCCGGCGGACAGUUGCGGUAGCCUCCCGGCUCGGAUAUAUUUGUCUUUCUCUUUAUUUUAAAACCCCCGCACAUAAACUCCGGGAUGCCUUCCAACGUACAAGGGGGGAAAGCCUUCGGGCUGUUGAAGGAGCAGCAACGGUCGAAAUUUGAAGAAAUAAACAAGGAAUACAUGGAAGACCAGAAAUACAGGGAUGAAGAGGACCUGCCCGAGAAAUUGGAAGGGCUCAAAAAGAGAUUUUCUGAGUUUGACCUCAACGACCAGGGAGACAUCGAUAUGAUGGGUCUGAAGCUCAUGAUGGAGAAGCUCGGCGUGGCCAAGACCCACCUGCAGCUGAAGAAGAUGAUCGCGGAGGUGACGGGCGACGGCAACAGCAACACCAUCGACUACAGGGACUUCGUCAAGAUGAUGCUGGGCAAGCGUUCAGCCGUGCUCAAACUAGUCCUGGUCUUUGAGGACAAAGCCAACGGCGCCGUCUCCAAACCGAGCGGACUCCCUCCCAAGCGGGACCUUUCCAGCCUGCCUUAAGGCGAGGGCCCGGCGGCGUGACAUUGAACCUCUCACCGUGGGGGGUGUGGUGGUAGUGGGACCAGUGGUUUGGGGAUGUGUGUAUCGUGUGAUGUCUGGUGUGUGCGAGCCGUUUGUUGGCGUGGAAGUCCGAGCCCACGACUCACUAAAUGAUGUUUGACCGGGAAUAUGAUCGUCAUCCAUCUUUUAAUUGAAAUGUAGCACUCGUCGUUAUACUCUUUUCUUGUUGAGUGAUUCAUGGAUAUAUUUUAAGGGAAGACUACAGAAGUUGCUUUUUUUUCCUCUUCCCUUUUCCUCGUUUUUGGGAAGCGUUUUAUUGAGAUAAACACGUGUGUUUUUUGCCUCAGCGGUCUCGGUGUAAUUCCCGUCGGGUUAAUAAUCCUGCCGCGCGUCUCGCUUUCCAGAGAUUACCGGGUCAAAGUCAUCGGCCCUCGGGAGCCGAAACACUGAUCUGGAAUCAGUAACUGGGUAAUCGCGGCGGCCACUUCACAGGCUAAUAAUAUUUUUGUAGACGACUGCGGCCGCGAUGCGUCGCCCAGUGAGAUCUGUGAGGUUGAAAGCACACGGUAGUUUUUGGGGGGAGGAGCAUGAACAACAUGUACAUAGACACGCUCCACGCGCUACGAUCAUAUUCUUUCCAAGUGCCUCGACAUGCCGACGCUGUAGAGCUCAACACACACGGAUGAGAAGAACGAGGGAGCGCACACACACGCGUGUUCACUUCCUGCCGUCCUCUUGAAAACAGGAAAUCAUUCCCUUUUAUCUUGGUGAGAUAGUUUGGAUGACGUUGGUUGAGUUGUAUUGAUUUAGUGUUUACACAACAUCUUUUUUUAUGUAAAUGUUCCCUUUUCUUUACAUUAUUGUAUUAUUAAUGUCACAGCAGGUGUUUGAUGGUUUGUUUUUCGGUGAUUUUUCUGCUUUAGGCUCUUGUAUUCUGUUAUUCGUGCCUCCGUGUCGCCGUAACUCUCACGCUAUACUUACUGUGAAUUCGAUACUGUGCAGUAUUUUUAAUCCACCUAAAGUCUUUUAAAAAACUAUUAUUUGUGUUCCGUGUGUGUGUGUGUGUGUGUGUGUGUGUGUGUGUGUGUGUGUGUGUGUGUGUGUGUGUGUGUGUGUGUGUGUGUGUGUGUGUGUGUGUGUGUGUGUGUGUGUGUGUGUGUGUGUGUGUGUGUGUGUGUGUGACAUUGUUUAAUGUUGCGAAGAUGCACAUUGUUUGCAGACACCAAAGGAAUUAAAAUUAUUCUUACACUGGC